UGAUUUGUUGUUGAAUAUUUCAUUGGAAAAAAAAUAAAAUUUCAAAGCAAGAGGAAAAAAUAAAAACGAAGAAAUCCUAUCUAAAACCAUAAACCCUCAUCUCUGGCAACGACAGUCUCAGCUAAAAAACAAUUCUACUAAAUUUCAUGUAUUUAAAUCUCAUGUGAAGUAGCAGAUCCAUCUUCUCACUACACUAGCGAAGCUACCAAUCACUACGAGCAAUGAAGAUCAGAGACGCUUUGCUAUACUUCUCGAUCCUACUCUACUCAUUUUCAUUUGCUUCCGCUGAUUCUAUCCAUGGUUGCGGCGGAUUCGUCGAGGCGAGUUCGUCGCUGAUCAAGUCGAGGAAGUCAACUGAUACAAAAUUGGAUUAUUCUGAUAUCACGGUUGAGCUUCGCACUGUAGAUGGAUUGGUAAAGGAAAGAACGCAGUGCGCUCCAAAUGGAUACUAUUUCAUUCCAGUAUAUGACAAGGGUUCAUUUGUAAUUAAAAUCAGUGGACCAGAAGGAUGGUCGUGGGACCCAGAAAGUGUUCCUGUUAUUGUUGAUGAUACUGGUUGCAAUCACAACGAAGAUAUUAACUUCCGAUUCACGGGGUUCACCUUAUCUGGUAGAGUUAUGGGAGCGGUUGGUGGAGAGAGCUGUUUAGUUAAAAGUGGCGGUCCUUCAAAUGUUAAUGUUGAACUGUUGUCUCCUAGCGAUGAUUUUAUAUCUUCUGUUUUAACAUCAGCAACUGGGAGUUACUCGUUCAACAAUAUUAUUCCAGGAAAGUACAAAAUCCGUGCAUCACAUCCUGAUCUAAAAGUUGAAGUUAAAGGCUCCACAGAGGUGCAUUUGGGGUUUGAAAAUGGCAUAGUUGAUGAUAUUUUCUUUGUCCCUGGAUAUGAUCUCCAUGGAUAUGUUGUUGCUCAGGGAAACCCAAUAUUAGGAGUGCACAUUUUUCUAUAUUCAGAGGAUGUUGUAGAACUAGAUUGUCCCCAAGGUUCUGGUGAUGCUACAGGACAAAGAAAUCCUCUUUGCCAUGCUAUAUCUGAUGCCGAUGGGAUGUUCUCAUUUAAAUCACUACCUUGCGGGCGUUAUGAACUUGUUCCUUAUUACAAGGGUGAGAAUACAUUAUUUGAUGUCUCACCUCCUCUUGUAUCAGUUUCUGUUGAGCAUCAGCAUGUGACAGUUCCCCAAAAGUUUCAGGUCACUGGAUUUUCUGUUGGAGGGCGAGUGGCUGAUGGGAAUGACAUGGGAGUAGAGGGUGUUAAAAUUAUUGUUGAUGGUCAUGAACGGUCUAUGACUGAUAAAGAAGGUUAUUACAAGCUUGACCAGGUUACAUCAAAUCAUUAUACAAUAGAGGCCAGGAAGGAGCAUUACAGGUUCAACAGCUUGAAGGAAUAUAUGGUUUUGCCAAACAUGGCUUCAGUGGCAGAUAUUAAGGCAAUCUCCUACGAUGUCUGUGGCGUGGUUAGGAUGGUUAAUUCUGGUUACAAAGCAAAGGUAACUUUGACUCAUGGGCCAGAAAAUGUUAAACCUCAAGCUAGACAGACAGAUGGAGAUGGAAAGUUCUGCUUUGAGGUCGCACCUGGUGAAUAUCGUUUAUCUGCUUUCGCUGCUACUCCUGAGAGUGCUCCUGGACUUCUCUUUUUACCACCUUAUGUUGAUCUUGUGGUUAAAAGCCCAUUGAUGAAUGUAGAAUUUUCUCAGGCCCUUGUCAAUGUGCUUGGCUCAGUAACUUGCAAGGAGAAAUGUGGUCCCUCUGUUUCUGUUACUCUAAUGAGAUUAGGUGGAAAACGUAAUGAAGAAAGGAAGUCCAUAACUUUGACAGAUGAGAGUGAUGAAUUUCUUUUUGCAAAUGUCUUACCAGGGAAAUACAGGAUUGAGGUCAAACAUAGUUCCCAUGGAGCCACACCCGACAAAGAUAAUUGGUGCUGGGAGCAGAGCUUCAUUGAUGUGGUUGUUGGUGCUGAGGAUGUUAAAGGAAAUUUAUUCGUUCAAAAAGGUUACUGGGUUAAUGUUGUUUCAACCCAUGAUAUAGAUGCUUACUUGACUCAGCUAGAUCAUUCAAUUAUUAAUUUGAAAAUUAAGAAAGGAUCCCAGCAUAUAUGUGUGGAAUCUCCUGGAGUACAUGAGCUCCACUUUAUUAACUCAUGUAUUUUGUUCGCUAGCUCGCCAAUGAAGAUUGACACAUCAAAUCCAUCGCCUGUCUAUCUAAGAGGAGAAAAGUAUCUUCUUAAAGGACAAAUCAAGGUUGAGUUGAGCUCAGCUGAUGGUUUAUAUGAGCCACCUAAUAAUUUCGUUGUGGAUAUUCUAAAUGGUGACAGCAGCGUGAUUGAUGGUGCGAGUGCUAACCUUGCAUCUGGUGCAAGUGAUCAUACAAGCACUGGUAUAUAUGAGUACUCUAUAUGGGCUAAUCUUGGAGAGAAACUCACCUUUGUACCUCGAGACUCUAGGGUUAAUGGGGAGAAGAGGAUCUUGUUUUACCCCAAAGAGCAUAAUGUCUUGGUUGCAAAUGAUGGUUGUCAAGCUUCAAUUCCUGUGUUUUCUGGUCGUCCUGGCUUGUAUAUAGAAGGAUCAGUUUCCCCUCCACUUUCUGGUGUUUAUAUUAAGAUUUCUGCUGCGGAAGAUAGCCAUGUUACACUACUCAAGAAAGAUGACUUGGCACUCGAGACAGUGACAGGGAUGGAUGGUUCUUUUGUUGGCGGACCUCUAUAUGAUGAUAUAUCUUAUAGUGUUGAGGCUUCAAAGCCUGGCUAUCAUCUUAAACGCAUGGGACCUCAUUCCUUUUCAUGCCAGAAGCUUGGCCAAAUUUCUAUACAUAUAUAUUCAAAGGAUGAUGCCAAUGAACCUAUUCCUUCUGUGCUAUUAUCAUUGAGUGGUGAUGAUGGAUAUAGGAACAACUCCGUAUCUGGAGCUGGUGGAACAUUCCUCUUUGAUAACUUAUUUCCUGGCACUUUCUAUCUCCGUCCUUUGCUAAAGGAAUAUGCUUUCUCACCUCCAGCACAGGCAAUAGAGCUUGGUUCAGGAGAUACUAGGGAAGUCACUUUCGAGGCCACUCGUGUUGCUUACAGUGCUACAGGUAUGAUCACUCUUUUGUCUGGUCAACCAAAAGAAGGUGUCUCAGUUGAAGCUCGGUCAGAGUCGAAAGGCUACUAUGAGGAGACAGUAACUGAUUCAUCUGGAAAUUAUAGACUGAGAGGACUUGUUCCUGACACAACGUAUGUGAUUAAAGUAGUUGAAAAGCAUGGCUUGGGUUCUGCAUUUGAACGCGCAUCUCCAGAAUCUUAUACUGUUAAGGUUGGACACGGGGACAUCAAGGCAUUGGAUUUUGUUGUCUUUGAACAGCUAGAGAUGACCAUUUUAAGUUGCAAUGUUGAAGGGAAAAGGACAGAGGAAUUUCAUUCACAUCUGUUGGUAGAGAUCAAGUCAGCUAGUGAUACAUCUAAAAUUGAAUCCGUCUUCCCUUUGCCACUUUCCAACUUCUUCCAGGUGAAGAACCUGCCCAAGGGUAAACACCUCCUGCAGCUUAGAUCAAGUCUCCAAUCAAGCACCCUCAAAUUUGAGUCUGAUAUUAUUGAGGUUGACCUGGAGAAGACUGCCCAAAUACAUGUGGGCCCACUUAGAUACAAUUUUGAGGAGGACCACCAAAAACAGGAGUUGACUGUGGCACCUGUGCUCCCUCUUGUUGUUGGGGUUUCAGUAAUAGCCCUUUUCAUUAGCAUGCCUAGAUUAAAGGAUCUGUAUCAGUCCACUACAGGGAUACCAACACCAGGAUUUGUGACAACGGCCAAAAAGGAAACUCGAAAGCCAGUUGUGAGAAAAAAGACAUACUGAAGAUCUCUUUCACUUCUGCGGAACACUCUUGCUCUUGGCACUUAUAUAUGACUUGGCGUUCCAUUUUCAAGUUUUGGCCUUCGACAUAGUUAACUUACAUGAGAGCAUUGGCAACUUUUUAUACUGACUCGAGCUUCUUUUAUCCAAGCUGUCGCUGUUUCUUGUUCUAAAUUUUGAUUUUUAUUUAGUUAGGAGACGAGGAGUUGAAUUCAUAACUUCUUGAAAACUGAAGAAAUAUGUGGCGACCAAUUAAUCUGUCUUCGCCACUCCCAACUCUUCUAAUUUGUACAAGUAAAUCCAGUUGGUAGAAAUAACGUCGCAUUCUUCCGCCUCUUA